GAAAUAAACUCCUUUCUGGCGCCUGCUGCUUACUCAAGGGUUUUUUUUCCCGACUCAAAGACGAAGUAUGGAAAAAACUUUUCGAGGAAACAUGGCGGAGAAGUGAGGACUUGUUUGAACAAGCUGUGGGUUUUGUUUUGGAGCUGUAGGACAUGUUGCCUGUUUGCCCACUCGUCCCUCGCGCAUUUUAAAGGAUGGAGGCCUCGUGUCUGGAGCUGGCGCUGGAAGGAGAGCGUCUGUGUAAAACUGGCGAUUACCGUGCAGGCGUCUCCUUCUUCGAGUCCGCCAUCCAGGUCGGGACGGAGGACCUGCAGAUCCUCAGCGCCAUCUACAGCCAGCUGGGAAACGCCUACUUCCACCUGCAGGACUACAACAAAGCGCUCGAGUUCCACCGCCAUGACCUCACUCUUACCCGAACGAUUGGAGAUCAGCUGGGCGAGGCCAAAGCUAGCGGGAAUCUCGGAAACACGCUGAAGGUCCUGGGUCGCUAUGACGAGGCAGCGGCUUGUUGCCAGAGACACCUGGAUAUUUCUAGAAUGCUUCAUGAUAAGGUGGGGCAGGCACGAGCGCUGUAUAAUUAUGGGAAUGUGUAUCACGCCAAGGGGAAGAACAUAUGUUGGAGUGGGACAGACCCAGGAGAAUUUCCAGAGGAGGCACGCAUCGCUCUAAAGAAAGCUACAGAAUACUAUGAAGCGAAUCUGUGCAUCGUGAAGGAGCUGGGGGACCGGGCAGCACAAGGACGGACGUACGGCAACCUGGGGAACACUCACUACCUGCUGGGGAACUUUCAGAAUGCCGUGCUGGCUCACGAACAGCGUCUCCUCAUCGCUAAAGAGUUCGGAGACCGGGCCGCCGAGAGGAGAGCUUACUGUAACCUCGGAAACGCUUACAUCUUCCUGGGCCAGUUCGAGGUGGCAGCUGAAAACUACAAACGCACACUACAGCUGGCUCGGCAGCUGAGGGACCGGGCGGUAGAGGCUCAAGCCUGUUACAGUUUGGGCAACACGUACACACUGCUGCAGGACUACGAGAGAGCCAUCGACUACCACCUCAAACACCUCAUCAUCGCUCAGGACCUGAAAGACAGGAUAGGAGAAGGGAGAGCUUGCUGGAGUUUAGGAAACGCCUACACAGCUCUCGGAAACCAUGAACAGGCCUUACAGUAUGCUGAGAAACAUCUGGAGAUUUCCAAAGAGAUUGGAGACCGUAGCGGUGAGCUGACAGCCAGAAUGAAUGUUUCAGACCUGCAGCUGGUGUUGGGUCUGAAACAGAACCACAACGUAAGCCACACAGACAGCCAGAUGGACAGUCCCACAGGAACAAAACCCAGGUCAGGACGGAGACACAGCAUGGAGAACAUGGAGCUCAUGAAACUCAAUCAAGACAAGAGUCCUGGGCCCGCGAGCGAUGAGGACCUCUCCCCAAAGCAGUCCAAAAUUUCCCCCAUAGCCAAGACGUCAUCCAAACUCUUCUUCAUCACUCGCUUUAAGGGGAAGAAACAGAAAGCCAACGGAGCAAAUCCAACUAAAACACCUCAGAGCCCCAACCGCUCUCCUCGUACGCCUGAGCUGGAUCCCAAGUACGCUCCGGACACUCUGGGAGACGAGGGUUUUUUCGACCUGCUCACUCGCUUUCAGGGAAACCGCAUGGACGACCAGAGGUGCUCCUUACAGGGCGGCUUAAGCCGUGGCUCCUCCCCCUCCCCUUGUGACACCCCACCCAUAGCUGUGAGGAAACCUAUUUCUGUGUCCGAAGAGGCGGCGUCGGCUCAGCCUGGCCACUUCCUGGACUUGCUGGCCAGCUCACAAGGCCGGCGGCUGGACGAGCAGCGGGCGAGUAUGGGGACACUGCCGGGUUUACUGCUGGACCAAAACAACAGCCAGGCUGUGCUGAGUCAACUCAUCGCCAACGCUGACAGCAAGGAGCCGGACGACGACUUCUUCGACAUUCUUAUCAAGUGCCAGGGUUCCCGACUUGACGACCAGAGGUGUGCUCCUCCUCCUCCCCCGACACGAGGCCCUACAGUCCCAGAUGAAGAUUUUUUCAGCCUCAUCUUGCGCUCGCAGGCCAAACGCAUGGAUGAGCAGCGCGUCAAUCUGCCCUCCGAUCCCGGACCUACACCGCUGAACCCUGACUGACUCCACACACCGGCACCAGCACCAUGUCAUACAGACUUCGGAGACUUGUGAAGUCACCCAGUUUUUCCCAACCAGCAGAAAACAAGCCCUGUUUUAUCUGAAGCAACAAAAAAAAAAACACAACUGGAAGCCAUGAAUCAUCUCAGAGUUGGAGUUGUGGCGUCUGGGUCAGUCCUGUUUCUCACUAUAUAAACAUGAAGGAGUGUUAAUGGACAUCUCGGUACGGCUGCAGGUCAGUACGCCAUCGGCUUGUUUCCACGCAGCAAACCAUAAACGUAGCUAGGUCUAGUUUUAGAGUACGUGUUGCUUUACUGCAUCAGUGGGAAACCUUCUUUUGUAUAAAACUUUUAUUCAGGAUCAGAACGACGUCUCGUCCUCAGGGUUCCGAUAUUAUACACUGACUUUGGUCUAGUUCGUAUCUGGCGUUCCUGCUGGGUUCCUGGCUGUUGUGGAAGAGGGGAAAUGACAUCAUCCUUUUUUUUUUGGGUAACUUGUUAUAUUUCAUAAGUCUGUUACUAUUCAUGGAGUUUUUUAAAAACUGUUUUAGAAACAAUCAGGUACUUGAAAAGACGUUCUGUCUUUAUAAAGUUUGGUGAGAUACUAAUUGAUAUUUAGUUGCUUGUCUGUUUUUACAAUAUAUUUUAUGUGACGCCGAAAAUAAAAACUGAGCUUUUAAUCCAGACCAUUUUUUUUUCCAAAACCUUUUUUCCCUCUUGACUGCAGGUGGCGCUGUUGCACAAAAAAAUUCACAAAACAACAAGGCUUUUUUUUUUUUUAACACAAUAUAAGGCUUUAGUUUAGAGUUUAAUUCCCAUUCAAACCAACCGGCUCUAAUACUGAAUAGUGUUCAGAUUUUUCUGUUUGAUAGAGCAGCAGAUUUGAGCCGGAAUUUAAUGAUGUAUGAACAAAACUGUAUAC